ACUCUCUGAUCUAGCUGCAUCUUCCCCACCGAGCCCCCCUCGAACACUGCUAGCUCGUCCCGCUCCACCACCACGCAGUGAUGCCAAGGAUCAUCACACAAACAACGCGGCAUCAGUCCUCGCCAACCGAUAAGUAUACCGUCAUGGUCAUUCUCCCACGUAAGAUUUACAAACCUUAAAAGACCACCUGGUUCUUCUAGAUUGGUUUACCCCAGACUGGCAACAGACCGUGUAGAUCAAAAACCACCAUAUUUUUAGCACAGACAUCUCCUGAUUUUCAUCAACAACCACCCGCGCCGCAAAGCGUCGUGUAACUUACAGAAACGGGCCACGAGAGGCAACUGCUCACGCGAGACAUUCCUCGUCCAAGCCCGCGCCGCAACGAGGUCUCGAGUCUCUUGACCAUCAAGACCAUCAACUACCCCGUUUCAACGACAUUGAUAUGUACACUGCAGCGAUCCUAGACCAAGGGUCAAAGUUGCAGCAAAUGUCACGCUCCUUUGCCGGCGGCACCUUAGAUCCACUUGCCAUGUCCUUUUUCUGACCGUCUCGUCGCAGUGAAACAAAGCACUGAGCCUCAUCACCGCUCCCGUGGACGCGUACAAGACGGGCCUGGAAAACGGUUUGGGGCUUGUCGGUAAUAAAACGACCACUCUCCGCUUCGACUUGCCUCGUCGGCUCCAGCUCCCCCUCGCUAUAUGCGCCGCAAUUGGUGGGCUCGGGCCGCCAACGUCAACCUCUGGUGGAUCCCAGGAACAAGCCGAAAGCAAGUCUCCUGUUGGCGCUGCCUCUUUUUGGCUGGUGUUAUCAGAAGUGCUGGACGCUAAACAGUCGGCUGGCACCUCCUCAAACACCCAGAUCUUCACCAAAGUCACCGGCCAAUAUUCCACACUGCUCCUAUUCAUCUCUUGCUCCUUUUCCCAAGAGGCGACCGAUUGCCAGCAGAUUUGAUUUGUUGAUGGUUGAUGUCGGUGACGGACUGGGAACCCAUGAUGGUUGGCCCGCGGACAUUUGCUGCCGGCAACCAACCCCCGGUCGAUUCUGCAACCCCACGGGGAUUUUCUGUUUCACAUUACAAAAUGCCCCCACGAACAAGCAAUUCUGCCGAGGAAAAUCCAGAUACGUUUUGAGCUUGAUGCUGUUUGGCAGUCGCGGCAGUCUUGGACUCUCCAAUUUGCCCGUCACCAGAGGACUGUCUUGGCGCGUCAUCCCACGACCUCCCGCCGUAAGGUCUGACAGCCCCGAGCAGAUGUCGGAUGAACAGGCAACGAUUGGAGAUGAACAGGUCUAGCCACGGCCAAGUUUCUCAAGUUUUUGGCCCCGAAAUGAGUGGUGGCUGGCCAGAUAUUCAGGCCUGUUGUUGAUCGUAGUUGAUGAAGCUCGUCGGCGCGGCAAGACGCCUCAUCUCUUGGCCAGUGAGGUUCCCCAGACUUGGCCUGAGCGCCAAGGGGCCAGAACCCCAAACACGCUGGCAGGGUUCUUCGUCACUGCACCUCGACCCCUUUUCUUGGCGCAAAAGGUUGUCAUCCAAACGCCCCCCACAUGUGUUCCGUGAGGCCCCUUCUCCCUGUCGGUUGGUAAAACAAUCAUGAAGCUUCUUUGUCCCUCGACAACCGGCGAUAAACGAGGCAGCAGCAACAGACGCUACCCUGUGAUCCAGCUCUGCUCCGUCUGCCGCCCUGGCCCUGCUCCACCGGCGGAGGAGCACCCGGACCGACUGCCACCUCCUUUAAGACAAGGGUCUUAUCAUUUUUCACAUCGGGGCCAAGGCUCAAACACUGGAGGUUGCGACUGCAGAAUGAUCGGCCCCUUUAACCGCAUAUAACGCCAACCACUUGGCAGCUACCUCGACAGAGGCAGUGAGGAAACAGAAUGACACAGCAGGUUGUCUGCCCAGAGUUGGCGUUAUAUGCGGUUAAAGGGUCUACUACCCGCCGAGACCCCGUAACCUGGUCCCAAGAGCGAAAAAUACAAAGAUCCACCCCCCUCCCGCCUGGAAGCGUGGCUUGUCAUCGUACGAUCUACUAUUCCCUUCUCUUGUCUUGUACAUUUCCUGUUUUUUUUUCGUCUUUUUCUGGUUCCGCUAUCGAGGUCUGCGACCCUGUUUUCUUCUCUUCACUUCUGUUGUGUAAUACUUUUAUACAUUGUUAUCCACUUUGUGUGUACCUUCUCUAGUCUUAUAUUCCCUUUCUGUCCUCCUCGACCUGUCUCUUCUCUCUUCACUUUCUCCUGUGUGUCUCUCUGCCCUCACAUAUAAUCCAACAUGGGCAAGCUUUCUCAAAUCCUCUUCCUUACGGCCUCGGCGGGGCGGGUCUUCGCCUCUUGCGCCUAUGGAACACACCUGAUGCCCAGAGCGGAGGAGGGUGAAGCUGUUCCAGUAGCUACCUUUGGGUAUACUGGCAUCACUGGCCCUCACAACUGGGCUGCCCUUGACAGCCCCGCGAACAAUGUCUGUGCCACGGGCACCACACAAUCGCCUAUCGACAUGGUGGACAGCGUCUUUGAGUUGAUCGAUGCUUCAGCCCUCUCAAUAGAAGUCAACGACAUGCCAGAGGGUGCCGACUUUGAGAACCUCGGGUCUACAGUCGAGGUCAUCACCCAGGGUGGCACACUCUCUUUCGACAACAAGACCUUUGAGCUGCAGCAAUUCCACUUCCAUCUUCCCAGCGAGCAUCUGGACAACGGCACAAGUCAAGCCAUGGAAAUGCACAUGGUCUGGCAAUCCGCCGAGGGAGAGAUCGCCGUCGUUGGCGCCUACAUCAACAUCGCUACCGGGGCGGUCGCCUCGGCCUCGGUCAAGCGGGGCCUCAACACCCGCAGCCGCCUCUUCCAGAGACAAGCCGAAGCCAACGAGACUGCCCCCGUCGCCGGCACCGAUGCCCCUACCGUCCUCCUCGAGACCAUCUUCAGCGUCGUCGACCAGAUCUCCACCCCCGGCACCAAGGUCAAGACUCCCCCUCUCGUCAUGUCCGAGGUGGUUGACCUCCUCAAGGCCGGCCAGUUCCAGGCUUACAGCGGUUCCCUCACCACCCCUCCGUGCAGCGAGGGCGUCAACUGGAGGGUGUCCACCUCCAAGCUGAGCAUCUCGCCUUCCUCCUUCAUCAAGGCUCGGGACGUCAUCGGGUUCAACUCGCGCUUCCCUCAGAACACGCCCGGCCAGCCGAACAUCCUCAUGAUCUCUGCUUUGGGGGCCGCCGCCGCCGCGGUCUCGGCUGUCGGUGCGGGUGCUGCUUAACGUUCAUGACGGGUCACGAUUUUGUUUUGGGUACAGGUUUCUGGGCGGUUUGGAGCGGCUAUUGUUUUGCAUCAAAGAUGGGAGCACAGGGGUAGAGUGGAAAGGGUCGAAAAUAGAUGAGACGGUGUUAUUUUUGGGACUUUUCUUUUUUUUUAUCAUGCCGUCCCAAAUGUGUUUUGGUGAAAUGUGAUGCUGUGUAACCUG